AUAAAGAAAUAAAUAGCCUUUUCCAAAAUAUUCUUGCGAUAAAUGCAAUAUUUCCUUUCUAAAUAUUGGUGUAAAACGACGAACAAAAAAUUUUCAAUGUUUUGGACUCAUUCAAGAUUUGAGGGGUACGUUAAAUUUGAUUUACAUAAGCUAAAAAAGUAAAAAAGCUAAGGUCCCACCGAGAUUUGAACUCGGAUCGCUGGAUUCAGAGUCCAGAGUGCUAACCAUUACACCAUGGGACCUAAUAUGAGGUGACGCCUACGUCACGGGUAUAUUAAGGGAAUGAAGUAUAGUGGUAGCACUUUACAUACAGGGUCACUCAAAAUUGCUGGCAUUCUUUUUAAAUAGGUAUGAGGUUUACGUGGAAAGUACGAGAAUAUUUUAAAGUAGAAAAAGUGGCACGAUGCAUUCAGACUAAUAUUUGUUGACCAUCGUGUGAGCGUUAUCGCAAAUUUUUGGUUAGUUGUUAAAUUGUGCUCUUCAAAACUUAAAAUGUGGAAAAUUAUCACGAUGCCUUUGUUUGGAGAACCUUUAAAAUCGGGAUACAUAUUAUCAAAGAUGUGUAAAUCGACACACCACAAAAAAUUGAAACUUUAUAACAGUUUAAAGUUAUAGAAACUGUGAAUUUACAUUUUUUGUACUCCGUUAUUUGCGUUUGUUAUUUAUUGAAAAAUCUACUCGGGGGCUUAAAACGGUUGUCUACAGCGCAAAAACUCCCCCUUUGAUUUUGAUUUUCGGUUAUUCUAGGUCACUUCUAGGUUAUAUUUUGUUUGUCUGGAUGACUGUUAGUUACAAGUUUCUAUUUUCUUGUGUUAAACUAGCUUAUUUGUGAUUUAUAAAAUAACACAGAUUGAAAGAUAAAUACAUCGGUAGACUUUUCCAAAUAAGAGCCGGCCGGUCACCGGUAGAAUUAAAAUACCUGAAUUAAAUGUGACUGAAAUCGGCAAAUAAUGCAUAUAACCUGCGUAAUUUGCAGUGAUCUCUUUGCUCCCAGUGCAGAUAUUUAUUCUACACAAUGUGGGCACAUUUUCCACUUUACCUGUUUACUGCAAUGGAUGGAAAACUCUAAAACAUGUCCACAAUGUAGGAACAAAGUGUCGUCGAAAAACCUUAUUCGUUUAUUUGUUAAUGUUGCUACAUCCCAGGGCUUGGAGGCUGAUGUCACAUUGUUACAGCAUAAAUUGGACGGUGUAGAAUUUACUAUGAAACUCAAAGAUCAAGAAAUCAAGGCUCUUGCCGUUAAAAAUCAGGAAACGAUGAAGCAAAAUAAAUCGUUGAGACAUCAUACCAAAGAGUUAGAACACGGAGAAAAACGCUUCGAGUCUAUAAUAGCCGCCCAGAAAGAACAGAUUAAAUAUUUCAAAGAUCAAGUUCAAAAUUAUGAUCGAUUACGAGAAGAAAAUGUGCGACUGAAAAACGAAAUGAAAUCCUUAGAUCAGAUACAAAUCGCGCUUGGUGGAACAAGGCAACAAGCUGAAGACAUUAUUCGGAAUGAAAACAGCAUUGAAUCGUUGGGCCUUUUAGCUUCGAUUUUAAAAAAAUCUUUGCUUGAUUCUGAUAGCAGAAAAAACUUACUACAAACUGAACUGAGAAAGUCUAAAAAUGAACUAACCCGAAUCAAACGGCAAGAAGCAGACCUGCGAUGUGAAUAUGAAAGUAUAAAGCAACAAUUUGAAUCUCUGAAGCGCAACAGCGAGAAAGAAGUAGCAUUUUUAAAAGACAAGUUUUCGCAAUUGGCAUCCAAAGCAACCCAAGGCACCGUAAAUGAAUCAUUUAAUAAUAGCAUAAGAAGAUUGAUUAAGGAAAGUCCAGUGAAUUUCCAUCGAACCCCUGUGUGUAACCGAAGCAGUCAGGAUUUUAUAGAUUUGGAUGACUGUGUUACACCACCGUGUUCAGGUGCAUCACAAUCAGUGAUCGAAAUUAACGAUUCGUCUCAUGGAGAUAUAGCAGACGACUCACCUCUUCCCGCUUCCAGCAUGGGAAUGUUUGGAAUCCAACGGGCUAAAAUGCUUGGCACUGACACUAGCUCGAAGUUCUCGAUUUUUAAAUCGAAGCAACCGUCUUUUUCGGAAUCUACUAGCAGUAACAAACUGAAAAGUAACAGUGUAACAUACGACGGUUUAGGUGGAUCCAGUAAAGAGGACAUUUUUCCAACUCCAAUGGGCGUGAAAAGAUCAAGACCAUUAAAAAUAACAUUAUCUAAAUUGAAGAAAUUGUCAGCUGAUGCAGGUAGAAGCAGAAAACCGGCGUCGGUUUUUACCAAUUUUCUUGAUUUAUCUUAGAUGCAUUAAUAUAGUGCUUUAAUGUAAGUUUUUUGCAAUGGUUUUACAUUGUUCUAAAUGAUUAUGCUGGUCAAUUUACUUAAGUAUUUUUUACAUGUACCUUUUUAUUUAUCUGAUAAUUAUUUUUGUGAACACUGAACCAUGGUUUUUUGUUAUCCUCAUUCCUCGUUAAUUCUACUGAACGUUUACGGGUAUUUAGUCGAUUCUGGAUUUUUUGCAAAUUUUUAAAACUCAAUAUGUAAAUCCCGCUGUAAUUUUGCUAUGCCUAUUUAAGUUUUGAUCUAAUUCUAAUCCAAAAAUAUACUGUAUUUACGUUUACGUUAACAA